GUCACAUGUCUCAGGCAUCGACACCGAAGGGGUUAAAAAGGCUACGGAUGUUAAUGAAGUUCAGCGGUGAAAGCGAAGGGGCAGUUAUUGUGGAAAACAGACACGGCAGAUUGGUCAGCGUUCAGAGGUACUGCGAACAAACUUCUGAAGCCGCAAGGGCUCCCCAUUAUAAUCACCCCAUCACUCCCUUCACCCCUCCUCCUCCUCCAUCAUCAUGAGUUGGAGCUUCAUAACGCACCUCCUGGAGGAGAUCUCCAACCACUCCACGUUUGUGGGCAAGGUGUGGCUGACGCUGCUGAUUGUGUUUCGCAUCGUGCUGACGGUGGUGGGUGGAGAGACCAUCUACCACGAUGAGCAGAGCAAUUUCGUAUGCAACACGCAGCAGCCCGGCUGUGACAACGUAUGCUACGAUGCAUUCGCACCGCUGUCCCACAUACGAUUCUGGGUUUUCCAGGUGAUCCUCAUCACGACUCCCUCCAUCAUGUACCUGGGCUAUGCCAUGCACCGUAUCGCCCGGUCCGUGGAUGAUGACUACAAGCCUCGCAACCGUCGCCGAGCGCCUGCCGUAUCCCGGGGCAACCACCUGCGAGACUUUGAGGAGAUGGACGAGACGGGCGAAGAGGUUCCCAUGAUCCUCGCUGAGGACACAGGGUCAGAUCGAGGCAGCGUUGGCAAGGGGACUGCCUCCAAGGAAACGGGUGCGGAGGCGGCUGCCAAGGAGGCGGAGGGCGGGGUCAAGAAGCAUGACGGGCGGCGGCGUAUCCUGAGAGACGGUCUGAUGAAGGUGUACGUGGCGCAGCUGCUGUCCAGGAUCGGGUUCGAGGUGGCCUUCCUGUUUGGCCAGUACCGACUCUAUGGACUCAACGUGGAGCCCUCGUAUGUCUGCAACCGCAGCCCCUGUCCUCAUCAUGUGGACUGCUUUGUGUCGAGGCCGACAGAGAAGACCAUCUUCCUGAUCAUCAUGUACGUGGUGAGCGCCCUCUGUCUGCUCCUCACCUUCCUGGAGAUCUGUCACUUGGGCAUCGGUGGCAUCCGGGACUCCCUCCGUGGCAAAGCCUCCUCGCGUCACCACCGCAGCCCUCCACACCCGCCCCUGCACCCCCACCGACUGCAGCCCUCCUCUGGGUACUCCAGCCAUCACGGUUCCGCCAUGGCCCUCAAGCAGGCCCCUCCAGGUUACCACGCCGCCCUGAAGAAGAACCACGCCCCAGCCUCCUCCACGGUGACCAAGCUCCGCCCUGAAUUCCUGGUUCAGGCACACGGGCCUGUGGGUGGGGGUCGCGGUGGUGACCUUGAGGACCCUGCGGGGUCAUCUGGAGGUCGCGACCUUGACCGCAUGAGGCGUCACCUGCGCAUGGCGCAGCAGCACCUGGAUCAGGCGUACACCACGGAGACGAUGACGGGCCCGGGAUCCCGGAGCAGUAGCCCGGUGUCCAGUAGCCAUCACCAUGCAGCUGCCACGGAGCAGAACCAGAUCAACUACGCACAGGAGAAACAGGCCAGCGACACGGGUGUGAAUGCCUGAGGGCCCUGUAGUUCUCUGAAGCUGCCUUCCCGUCCCACAGCUCACACUGGCAAUCAGGACUAACAACCAGGUGUGGGGACGGCAAUCAGAGACCUGCUGUGUGUGUGACGAAGCCUAUAUUGGUGCGAAUGUGUCUUGAGUUGUGUGUGUGUUUGUACUGGAAAGGUGCCUUGCAGUAUUAAGGCUGGUGAAUACGGGCACCCAAAGCUCCAGAGAUCAAUGAAAUGUAGGGGGCCCAAAGCCUUCCUGGUCACAAAGCCAGAGAGAUAUUUCAAGUCUUCCUCCUGCGUUAGGACAUUUCAAGUUUUUUUUUUAUCUGUUUCUUCUUUGUGCCUUGCCUCCCUUCUUCUCCCCUGAGCCUGUCUCAUCCCCCUCUACUGCUCUGGGCCUGUCUAACCCCUGUCCUACUGCCCUGGCAUGUUGUACCCCAUCCUAGUGCCCUGGUCCCUACCCCACUCUGCUGCCAUGGACCUGUCUUUCCCCCACAAUACUCCCCUGGACCUGUCUUACCCCCCUCCUACUCCCCUGGACCUGUCUUACCCCCUUCCUACUCCCCUGGACCUGUCUUACCCCCUUCCUACUCCCCUGGACCCGUUUUACU